AGUUCCUAUUUUUUACCCAAAUGUAAAUUGGUGAUUUAGUGAACUGAGUAAAGUCUUGUCAAUAAUAACUUGAUACAUCUUACUGGCAGUGGAGAACAAAAUCUGCUCGAUAUCAUUUGUUUCUUAUAAGAGAGCAAAAGAAUUAUGAAUUUAAUUAUGAUAAAGAAAGUUUGUGUGUUAGUGUUUUUUGUGUCGUGGGGCCAAGUGAGGUCUCAAUAUGACGUUCUUCCAACUUUGGGCAGACGCCCUGGGGCCAGCCCUGUAGCCAUCCAACAGCCAGUGCCCAGUAGGGCCGUUUGGUUCGUCAACGGCCCAACGGAAAUAUCUGUUGAAGCUGAGGAACAGAGGUCAGGCGGAAUAGGUAGAUUUGUCAACGGCCCAACAGGCAUAUCUGUUGAAGCAGAGCAACAAAGUCGAGGCCAGCCUCCAAGGUUCGUGAACGGACCAACAGGCAUAUCUGUUGAAGCAGAGCAACAAAGUCGAGGCCAGCCUCCAAGGUUCGUGAACGGACCAACAGGCAUAUCUGUUGAAGCAGAAGAACAAGUAUCCAACCAGGCCCCGAGCUUCGUGGGCAAGUCUGCUGGCAUAUCCCAUCCAACAGACGAACACCAGCCAGACGAGGUCACUUAUGACAUCAUUAACAACACCGGAAGUCCAGUGACGGGUGAACAAGAACAAACGAGGUCAAGCAGCCGAGGCGUGUUCUCUCCUGACCCUGGAGAUGACCGUCUCAAGGAACAGCAGCUGCCGCCAGGGUUACACAUCGACACCGCUGAUUGGUCGAAGGACUCGGUGUACUGGAGCUUCAAGGGCGGUGAUUGGUCCCUGGUGGACUUGCCAGAUCCCGCCCAUCCCGCCCUGCCCGCCCCUGUCCUACCUGGACCUGCACUUCUGGUUGUCACUCAGGAGUUCCUCAAGAAGGUGUACAUACAGAGGGAGGUGAGAGGCCUGACGAACGUGACCCUUCACUACCGCUUCUUCCUGAGUCAAGGCGACGGUCCCCACGGCGUGCCUGAGCUCAAGGUGUAUCAGGUGACGGACAAAAGCCAACUGCUGGUUUCAGAGAUGGCUCGGGGCUCCUGGCUAGAUCGCACACUCCACCUGCCGGGGCCUGUCCCGUUCACAAUUGUCUUCGAAGGACGCCUCAGCAAAGAAGGAAAUGAGAUAGCUCUUGAUGAUGUGACUAUCAGCGGCAUCAGCGAGGGAGAGGUUGGACAUGGCGAGAGGGAACUCCUCCAGGACGAUAUUCCAGAACUUCACGAUCUUAAUGCCACCACUAAGACGACGACUGCCAACGAAGGAGCGGUCGUCUCUUUUACUGGACCGGGUCAAAUACAAGAAAUAAGUCCAAAAAAUGCAACAAAAUUGUCAGAUGAAAUUUUGAAGAAAACGGACAAUGUAUCAUCAAAAACAGAAGUAAAAACACUAAGUCGCAACAAUACGACGGAGACUCCUAUAGAUGCUGCACAAGUUACCUCAACAGCAGGAGUGGACGUGGCCGCCGAGAACAGCCCUGAGAUCAAGACUAAUGCGACUGAGAUGCAUAUCUCUUCCGAAGAUCGCGAAAGUCCUGAACAGGUUCAGACAACAACAGUUGAUAGCUCUGACGUAAUUCAAACCACAAUUGAAAGUAUUACAGAAGCUAGCGAGCUGAUUCACGAAGAUAACGACAAAGAAGCUCAUAAUUUUACAGCAGAUGGUGAACUAAAUAUGAAAGAAAAUGAUACGAUCAGUACAGUUGGUGAAAAGAUUAUCGGGGAGACUGAGGAGGCGGACUAUAACUCCUCAUCAAAUACUGGUAAAAUUGGUGAGGAAAAUGAGUCGGUACAAAACACUACGGAAGAUCUAGAGGCUAAAGUCGGAGAUAGCGAAACAUCGACUCUUAUUUCAACCACUACAAGCGAUCUACCGAGCGGGAGAGAUAUCACCGAAGAGCUACGAGAAACAACUUUGACUUACAAUGAUGCAAAUGAAUCAGAAGACACUACUAGUAUAAAUGUUAACUCACAACCUACCACAGAUUUCUCCCAAAACCAACGUACCUCGCAAGAAACAUUGUCAAUAAAUACCACAACUUUCAGCCCUCCAAUCAACACUGAACCCUCCGUAUACCUCCAGACUUCCCAGAGGAAUUCCAAGGCAACUGUCGACGUUCCUAGAGGCACACAAAGCCCUAAAAGCACUUCAGAUAUAUCCCGCGCCUCUCAGCCGACUACAGGCUUUAGAGGCACCAUAACCCCCUGGGGCUAUCCCAGUAAAAGCACCACAAUGCAGCCCAGUUAUAUCCCACCUUCAGGAGACAUGACCAGCGCAUCUCCUGAGGUGUCUGAGGAAAUGCAUGUGUCGAACGCCUCAUGGGGCAUCUUCCAAUUCUUCUUGGCCCUGUGUCUCGUUGGCCUCAUAGCCCUUGGAUUUCUUUACUGGCGAAAAAAGCGGCGACAAGACGACGAGAUACCAGUGUUUACCAGAUCUUCAUACGCCGACUACCACAACCCGACCUUCACCCCAGAGGACGACGCCAACUUCCCCUCGCGCGGGCCACGACACAACUACAAGUCAUUCGAGUAGUCAACAGUUAACGGAAUGAAUGUUAAUAUAUGUGUGUGUGUGUGUGUGUGUGUGUGUGUGUGUGUGUGUGUGUGUGUGUGUGUGUGUGUGUGUGUGUGUGUGUGUGUGUGUGUGUGGAUGUGUGUGUGUGUGUGUGUGUGUGUGUGUGUGUGUGUGUGUGUGUGUGUGUGUGUGUGGAUGAACUGUUAGCAAUAACUGAAUAGUCUAAGUAGGCAGGUAAAAUCUUGUAUAUUUAAUAGGAUUGUAUAGUCAGUAUGCACAGAAAGGGAUUAAUUUCACUCUGAUAUUAAGGAUGAAAAUGCAAUAACAACAUUAAAUUGUGAAGUGUAUGUAUGUAUCGGGGUUUAUAUUAAUCAACUUUCGUAAGUGAUCAGGGAUUUCUUGCCAUUCGUGGUCAAAAUCGAAUGUGCGAUUUAAAUACCAGAUUUAUUUUUCAUUUGUACUAGAAGACGCCAUGUUGUGAUUAUUUUGCUUUAUUUAGGAGUUCUCAUGGCAAGAAUUUCCAGUAGGCCUAUCCAGAAUAAUCUCAACCAAUAUGUGUUUAAUAAGCCUAGUCACUGGGUAUGCCUUAGCCUUGUAUUACUAGACUUUUGCAAUAUAUACAAUUAUAUAUGGUUGUCGAUUUGAAUUUUUUCCAGCAGGUUUAACGUGUGUUUUAUUCAACAUAUUAUUGUUUGGUUUCACUUGUGCCAGGUAUUUCAAAUUAUACAUUUUUGAGCGUUAAUUAUAAUUUUGUUCAAAAUUGAUUUCAUCUCUGUAAGAAUUUAUAGGAAAUGUGUUUUCUUUGCAUUUCUGCAUUUAGUUAAGCCUGGAUUUUUCAUUUUCAUUUUCCUGGACGAAUUAAAAAAUCUAUUUUGUUAUUAGAUUUAAUGAACUUUAGGGACAGCAUAAUGAUUUAAUUUCUCAUAUGUGUAUAACAAUUCAAAGAACACAUAAAAAAAAAUUCUCAAGGCUGGCAUAUUUCCUAAAUAUAUCUUACGUUCUCCGGUAACUAAGUAACCCAACUUCACCAAUGUAAAAGGCUAAACAGACUCGUGGAAACCAGCCCAUUUUCCUGUCUUGGUAGUACCUAUAGUAACGAUGAGGACCAUAGUACAUAUACCGACGAACAACGCAAUUAGAAAGUAGACAUCGUUCUAUUGAAUUUGGCCAACCGGAAAAGAUUUUUUUAUUUAUGUUGCAAAGACAAACUAAACUAACCUAACCUAGCAUUCCUAGGCCUAAUAAAGUACACAUGUGCCCUAUACUAGGCCUGGGAAUAUUUAUGUUUGUUUUUAGCUUCAUUUUUUUCCGAGGUACAAAGUGAAUGGUACCAAAUUCCACUAUCUAGUUGCUUAGUACGUCAAUCUUUGUACUAUGGUGGGCGUAGUUACAAAAACUACUAUCUAAACAGGAGGAUGGGUAUGGGGAAACAGAUCCACAAGGGCCGUGACGAGGAUUCGAACCUACGUCCAAGAUAAUCCCAGACGCUGCCUUAAUCUGAAAAUUUGUUCAUUGAUGCAUCACGGUAUUGUGAUUUCUGUGUGUAAUUGGGAAACAGUACCGUCCCAGUAACAGUAGAUGCAUUAUGCUAAGUGCAAGGCCUAGUGGUAAGGUUGUAGGUCUCUUUGAGCUCUUCAGAUGCCGGCCAGAACCGUGAAUGCAGUGUGUGUUUCUCCUCUGUAUUGCCACACUGAGGCGCUGGCAAUGAUAGAUCCUUGAGGAAGCUCUUGGCACUUUUACCCCAAAAGCAUCUGAAACAAUGGGGACAAAACUGUAGAAAUGACACAGUGCUCUAUAUUGACGUGAAUAAUUCCACGUAAGAGACAUCAUCACCUCUAUGUCCUACAUUCAAGUCAAUAUAGGAAUCAGCCAAAGUUAAUAUGUGCGUUCAAUCCCACAUUUACUGCCUACCAUUCUUCUAGGGGAACACCGGUACCCCCUAGACUAACAGAUCGGCAGAAUUGCGUGACAUUAGGAAAAGUGCUUUGAACCCAGCUGUCGUAAGGCUCCUCUUGAUAAAGUCAUUGACUUCAAUGUGCCAGCCCCAUGUGCUGAGACAGAGCAAGCCAUGUCGACCAUAUUGGUCAGCCUUUGGAGAGGAAGGCGGAGAGCCACUGCAGUAUCCAAUAAAUAUAAUUAACAACGCAGAAAAUCUGUAAAGUUAUAUAAGUCUUUCAAUACUUAUACAAUUGAUCAUUUAAAUAUGGUUGUACUAAAGAGUUGUGCAUGUGCAAUAAAAAUAUUGUAAAUA